AUGACUGGAAAGCCCAUGCUCCACUACUUCAAUGGAAGAGGAAGAAUGGAGUCCAUCCGGUGGCUCUUGGCAGCAGCUGGAGUGGAGUUUGAAGAAAAACUUUUUGAAAACCGUGAAGAAUUUGAGAAGUUAAUCCAAGGUGGAACCCUGAUGUAUGAACAAGUGCCCAUGGUUGAAAUGGAUGGAAUGAACUUGGUGCAAACAAGAGCCAUCUUAAGAUACAUAGCUGCGAAGUACGGCUUGUAUGGAAGAAACUUGGAAGAACAGGCCUGGAUUGAUAUGUACGUGGAAGGCCUCAGGGACCUGAGUGACAUGAUUAUGUUCCUUCCUCUCUCUCUGCCGGAGGAGAAGGAGAUGAAUCUUGACUACAUCCUCCAUCGAGCCACGACAAGAUUCUUUCCUGUUUAUGAGAAGGCACUAAGAGACAACAAGCAACAUUAUCUUGUGGGCAAUCGGCUGAGUUGGGCUGAUGUGCAACUCCUUGAAGUCAUCUUAAUGGUUGAAGAAUGCAAGCCGGGUGUUCUCUCAGGCUUCCCUGUCUUACAGGACUUCAAGGUCAGAACCAGCCAGAUACCCACAAUUAACAGAUUUCUCCAACCUGGAAGCCAGAGGAAGCCUCCAUUGGAUGAUGAGUCCCUUGGGACUGCGAAGGACAUAUUCAAAUUUGAACAAGGCAUGUUUCUUAAAAACAUGAGCACUAUAGUAGCUGAGUAUUAACAGACACAGAUGCCCAUGGAAGUCAGUGAACUUGUAUCAAUGCCCAGGAAAACAUCUUGGUGCUAUGUCUGUAAAGAGAUGAUGAGUGUGUAAGGAAAUA